AUGAUCAUCACUCUUGUAAUACUUGGCCAGAGCAAGACGAAGUUUGGACUACACCAAGAGAUUGGAUACAAACAUAUAAUUGCCAAAGAGAAUCGUAUUAUGAUCGAGAGCAUCUGGUUCUUUUUAUACGAAAUCUGGAGAUUCUGGCUAGCAUUUGAUGGUGUCCUUCAUAGUAACUCUCUGACUGUUUCGGCUUCCUUUAUUUCUACGUUGUUUGCAAUAGCUUUGGGCAGCAUGCAAAUAGCAGAGUUUAUAAAAUUGGAUGAAGCCACUAAGCUCGAGAUUAUUCCUCAAAUUGUUAUGGUCUUCUCUUUGACCAUAAUUAGCGCCCCUACUCUAUACAUUUCAUUCAAGCUGUAUAGGGAUUGUGAUUGGAUUAAGUACAGAAAGCUAGGGCCAGAAGUUAGGCUACAUCACAUGUAUCAUUGGGUUCAGUGCUUUGUUCUUGCUCUUAAAGUAGACAUCUUCUUUCAGAUUUUUCUCACAGCAUAUUACACUGUUCUAUCCAAUCUCGCAGCAUAUAAGCUAUGGAUUUUAGUAUGUCUAUCUGUAUUACCUGCCGCGUGCCUUGUAUUUAUCAUAAUAGGAAGGAAAUCAAUUGCGAACGAGAGUAUGUGGCUCAUGUCAUUAUUCAUACUAUACCAAAUUGGUAUAAUACUCUUGAGUAUUGGAGUUUUAGCAGUAGCUAUACUUUUAUUGAAAGAUGAUGCAUGGUACUUUCUUUAUGCCUAUGUUUCAAUGGCGAUCUUGAUGUGCUUGAUUACAAUCUCUUUGUCCAUUAGAUGCCUGAUGAACUUCAACAAAGGACUUUAUAAGCAUGGUAUUUUUUCUAUUCCUAAUUCGAGUCUAAAAAAGAAAACUAACUCUAAGCACACAGUACAAAUUGGGAUGUUUGGCAGUAAACAAGAUUCAAAUCCCCUUGAAAGAAAUCAAAAUAGCGUCGUAGACCCAUCUCUCAUAGAUACAUGCGAUGAAGACGACAGUAUAUCAAGAGAAUCAAAGGCAAAGUCAAAGUUUCCGACCGGUAUAACAAUGAGUUCUUAUAUCGAUGAACAAAAAGUUAUGUUUGUGACAUUCAUUAAGACAAAUUAUGGUUAA